AACCGGGACCGGCCGCAGCUGUCACCGCGCUCAUCCCUCCUUCUGCCGGCCGGUGUAACGGUCAUCCCCUCCGCUCCUCCACUCCAGCCCCUACCAGCCUCUCCUCGGUCGUUUCCCCGGGAUGUCACUAUGCUCUGAUUCACCCCGCGAGCGAUGAAUGACACACGCACCGAGGAGACCGGACCGAGACCGGCGGAGGUUCUGUUGACUUCGGGCUGCCGAGCCCCGCUUGUCGGGCAGGCCGGAGGAUGGAGCCGAGGCUGAACGGGGGUGGCAAGUCGUCCGUGUCCCGGUUCCUCCUCGGCCCCGUGCUCACACUUUCUCUCCUGGCAGCACUGGCGAGCUGUCACGGUACCUGCAAGCACCGAGCCCCGAGUCCCGACGAGCUUGUCCACCAUGUGUACCUGAAACCCGACCGUCUGACCAAAAGAAGCUCUCCUGACAACCUGCAGCUGAAGAUAAAGAUCAUCUACGACAGCAGCGUGGACCAGCUGCCUGCAGACAAGAGGAGACUGGUCAAGGACAAGCUGUUCCCCCAGGCCAUCGACUACCUGCAGCGGGCCUUCAGCGUGCGGCGCCGGGUGGGCCCGGUGCUGCUCAGCAGACAAUGCGCGACCAACCAGUACAUGAGGAAGAGAGAUGACCCCCACCGCUACUGCCAGGAGGCCUGUGCAGACGUCACCCGCUGCGGCCCCGUCACCGUCCCACAGCACCACCUGCAGCAAUGUAAGGUGUGCAGUGAGUCGGGGAAGUCGUGCGGCCCCUCGGGGCCCCCGGACGGCCCCGGCGUGGAGGGCUCUGACUUCGUGCUGUACGUCAGCGGCGUCACCACCGAGCGCUGCGGCCAGGAGAACAUCGUGGCGUACGCCGCGUACUGCCAGCUGGAGGCCGAGCUGGACCGACCCAUCGCCGGCUACGCCAACCUGUGUCCCGCCAUGAUCUCCUCUCAGCCGCAGGAGUUCGAAGGGAUGCUGUCCACAGUCAAACACGAGAUCAUUCACGCUCUGGGUUUUUCCGCCGGCCUCUUCGCCUUCUACCACGACGACGACGGGAAACCUCUGACCCCUCGCUUCGCCAGCGGCCUGCCGGCGUUCAACGAGAGCCUGGGGCUGUACCAGUGGAGCGAGGCGGUGAUCCGGAGGGUCACCCGGCUGUGGGACGUGCGGGGAGGGGUGAUGGUGCGACACCAGGUGCACGUCCUCGUCACGCCGCGCGUCGUGGAGGAGGCCCGGAGGCAUUUUAACUGCCCCAUCCUGGAGGGGAUGGAGCUGGAGAACCAGGGCGGGACGGGGACGGAGCUGAACCACUGGGAGAAGAGGCUUCUGGAGAACGAGGCCAUGACGGGCUCCCACACCCAGAACCGGGUCUUCUCGCGCCUCACGCUCGCCAUCAUGGAGGACAGCGGCUGGUACCGCGCCAACUACAGCCUGGCGCGGCGGCUGGACUGGGGCCGCGGCCUGGGCUGCGACUUCGUCAUGAAGAGCUGCAAGUUCUGGAUGGACCGGCAGAAGCAGAGGCGCCACGCCGUGACGCCGUACUGCGACACGGUGCGAGCCUCGCCGCUGCAGCUCACCUGCCGGCAGGACCAGCUGGCCGUGGCCGUGUGCAACCUGCAGAAGUAUCCGCAGGAGCUGCCGCUGGAGUACCAGUACUUCGAGCGGAUCCCGGACGUGGCGGCCGACCAGCUGCCGUUCUUCGGCGGCGCCGUGGAGAUCGCAGACUACUGCCCCUUCAGCCAGGAGUUCAGCUGGCACCUGAGCGGAGAGUACCAGAGGAACUCCUACUGCAGGGUGGCCGAGAACCAGCCAGACAGGUGGAGGAACUACGGAGCAGAGCAGUACGGUCCCGACUCAGUGUGUCUGUACCAGAAGUCGGCCUUCGUCAUGGAGCAGUGCACCAGGAAGAUGACGUAUCCCGACUGGGGCUCCGGGUGCUACAAGGUCUCCUGCUCGGUCCAGGGUUUGUGGGUCCACGUCCAGGACCGCUCCUUCGCCUGCGGCCGCCGCGGCCAGCUGCUGAGCGUCAGCGUCCGGGUCAACGACUGGGUGUACAACGGCGUCCUGGUCUGCCCCGCCUGCAGCGACUUCUGCGACGACUGCCCGCCGCCGCACCAGCUGCUGCCUGCCAACGCCUCCAGGAGCGGCCCCAUCGACCCCUGCUCCAGCUCCCCCGGUCUGGCCAUCACUCUGUGGCUGCUGCUGCUCAACCUGCUCCCCCUGGUGGCCGGACUGCUGCUCUGCCACUGCAGCUGAUGACUCCUUUGCCGGUUUCCCACCUUCAGGUUUCUGUUCCCUCUGAGCCGAAUCUCCGGCACCGACCCUGUUUGACCCCGUUUGACCCCGGCGGUCGUCCUCCUCGCUCCGUUCCAUUUCAGUGUGUGUUUACAUGCACUUAAGUAACCCGGUUUAAAGCUGAUGGUGCGGCGAUGGAGGCCUGGUUCUCCACUCACACUGCUACAGCUUCUCGUUAUUUAUAUAUUUAUAUAUUUAUUUAUUUUGGAGCUACGCUCAAGUCUGUUUGCUCACAGCGACCUGUAAACGUCUCCACGUUUGGGCUCAGUUUGCCCUCAGGAGGGGCUCACAGGCUCGCCUCGGCCCGGCGGAUCCUCUCUGGUCAGAGUGAGCCUGCCAGUCUGCACUGAGGGUUUAAUGAGUGAAGACGGAGAUGUUUAGGAGUCGCUGUGGUCAGACGUCCGUCAGGAUAAACACAUUUCCACUACACCAGGACGUCUGCCGCCUUCAGCACCAAAAGAGACGGUUUCACUGAUUUCCACCAAAAAACCAGGUUAAUUAUCUGAAACAAAGAAAACAAUAGUAUCAGUAAAUACAAUCACUGUGAGUUUCUUA